UGUACUUAGGAACUGCGUCAUAAGGUCUUAAAAUGUUAUAAUUAAUUUUUCAGGUAGACCUUUAUUAAGGGCUCUCUCUCUCUCUCUCUCUCUUUCUCUCUCUCUCACCCAAUAGCAUGCUGCAAAUGCAAUUCAAGUGUGGCCAGCUUUUAUUAACUUUUGUCGUUGUACAAACUGUAGUUGCAUGCAGAAGCUGGGAAAGGUCAAUUUGAGAUGGCACUUCGGCACACUGCUUGUAUGCAUGCUGCUGACAACCUGAUUUAUACUCGUGAAGUUAUUAGAGCCAUUGCAAGGAAACAUGGAUUGUUGGCAACUUUCAUGCCAAAGUAUGCUCUUGAUGACAUUGGCUCUGGGGCGCAUGUACAUCUUAGUUUGUGGCAGAAUGGCACAAAUGUGUUUACGGCAUCUGGUGGUUCCUCUCAGCAUGGAAUGUCAAAGAUCGGGGAAGAAUUCAUGGCAGGGGUUUUACACCAUCUUCCUGCAAUUUUGGCAUUUAUAGCACCGAUUCCAAAUAGUUAUGACCGAAUUCAACCUAAUACAUGGAGUGGAGCAUACAAGUGUUGGGGAAAAGAAAACAGAGAAGCUCCGUUAAGAACUGCAUGCCCACCUGGAAUACAAGCUGGUUUGGUGAGCAACUUUGAGAUUAAAUCAUUUGAUGGAUGUGCAAAUCCACACUUAGGCUUGGCUGCAAUACUUGCUGGUGGUAUUGAUGGUCUUAGGAAUCAUCUUCGUCUCCCGGAACCUGUUGAUACAAAUCCUUCUGGCCUUGGUGCAGAAGUAGAAAGGUUGCCGAAAUCACUUUCUGAAUCUUUAGAAGCUCUCAAGGAAGACAAUUUGUUCGCAGAUUUACUUGGGGAAAACCUAUUGGUUGCGAUAAAAGGGGUCCGCAAGGCGGAGAUUGACUACUACUCGAAGAACAAAGAUGCAUACAAGCAACUUAUAUACCGCUAUUGAGUUAAUUAGCUUAUUGUCUUGUGACUAUUCCUGGUUUAGUCAAGCUCUGAUCCUGUACUUUCUUAAGCUCCUCUACCGAACGCCUCCUGUACUUUCUUAAGCUCCUCUACCGGACGCAAACCAGUUUGGAAAUAAUGUAAGCACUAAGCAUACGUGAGGCUAUAAAAGCUUAUACUAUAUUUUCAACCGAACGUAAAUAUGUAUGGAUUAAUGUAGAAUAUUUUUAUGUGGUCAUCGACAAACUUGUCAAACAAACUUGUCAACGCUGGGGAAAUUUGUGCUCUCGUGGUUGAAAAUCCCUUCUAUAGUGAGAUUUUCCUAGUGAUGCUAUAAAAACAAACUAUAUUUUCGAUAUCA